AUUGGCCCAUCUUCUCGAGCUGUGGGAGUGGCUAGGGCGCACAUUACCAGUGGCGAGUAUUGUCCACAGAGAAAAUGGGCCUUAAAGUGGGCCGACUACGAACCCAAUACUGUUGGCCCAGUUAGAAUAACUUUCUACUGAACGCGGUCCUAUCUUAUUCCCUCAUCGACCCUUCUCCUCCUCCUCUCUCUCUGCGCUACUUUGUGCUCCUCCGGAACAACCCACCACCGUCGAAAAAGAGAAUCUCACUCUCACGUGGUCAGCUUUGGGUUCACCAUCUCGGCCACAAGAUAAGGGGUAUGAACAAUCUCUAACCUAAUCCUGAAAAGUGAAAACCGAAGAGGCUUCAGAGUCCAGACUACACAGAUUCAAACAAUGUUACUUCGAAACCGCCUCUUAAGUCUCCAGUUCACGUCUCUCUUAUCCCCGUCUUCUUCAUAUCCUAGAAAAACUAAACCAUUCUUUCUCUCUUUUGGAAAUGCACUCUCGAGCUCAGCUCGUCCGCACACGAGCGAGCAUGUUUCGGCUUCAAAGACCCCCACAGGCUCUUCUUUUUCAGAGGCCGCCAAGUUCCUCCGUACCUUUAUGUUUGUACCACCUGGAGUUGAUCCAGAGGAGGUGACGGAGGACAUGGUCCUAGCAGGUUCUAAUAUUGUAAUUGGACCUUAUGCCGGCGAUUCAAAGAUUAAGGAGGUAGAGUUCGUCAAAAGCAGUGGUAAAGCCAAGGAUUGCCCUAAAGAUAACAGACCUGAAUUUGCAAUUCUGGGUCGAUCCAAUGUUGGAAAGUCCUCACUUAUAAAUGCCCUUGUUCGCAAAAAAGAAGUUGCUCUUACUUCUAAAAAGCCAGGGAAAACUCAGCUUAUCAAUCAUUUUUUGGUGAACAAAAGCUGGUACAUUGUGGAUUUACCUGGUUAUGGGUUUGCCAAGGUUUCAGAAUCAGCUCGAACGGAUUGGUCAUCAUUCACCAAAGGGUACUUUCUGAACAGAGAUAAUUUGGUCGCUGUGCUACUUCUCGUUGAUGCAAGUGUUCCACCUCAAAAGAUUGACUUGGAUUGUGCUAAUUGGCUUGGACGCAACAAGAUCCCAAUGACUUUUGUUUUUACCAAGUGUGACAAAAUGAAGGUGGGGAAAGGGAAAAGGCCUGAUGAAAACAUCCGAAAUUUUCAGCAAUUGAUUGCGGAGAACUUUCCAAAGCAUCCUCCAUGGAUCAUGACUAGCAGUGUCACUGGCUUGGGCAGAGAUGAGCUCCUCCUUCACAUGUCACAACUAAGAAACUACUGGGAUCAAUGAAGCUGAAGUUGAUUAACUUAACACAAAAAUCCUGCUUAUAAAACUAGUGACUUGAACAACUGCUUGCAUAAUUUUUCCGCCUUUGAUCGUUUUUUCUCAAAAAUUGCAUUAGUUAAAAGUUUUUGUUGUAAUUUAGAUUUAUAGCAAAAUGUAAUGAUUCUCUCUUGUAUAUAUAUAGAUGAUUAUUACCGUUUGAGGUUUACUAGUGCAUUUUUGCUCUGUUA